AUGAUGUGCUGGGAGGCUGCAUUUUAAAAAUAAAAUUGCUUUGGGAAAUUGCAAUGGGAUAGCUUCCAGUGAGCUAAACUGAAAGUGCCUUUCAAGCACAGGGAUGCUUGUCCUUCUGUAUCCCCUUUCCUUCUAUUAUCCGUCUGCAAUUCUCAUGGGGAGACAGAGAGGUCUGUGUGAUUUCCUGGUCUAUGUUUUCUUCCCUCGCUCCCCUCUCCCUGUCUUUCACGGCUGAAGUAUCUCAGCAAUGCCAGGAGGCUGGUUUGCCCCGGGAGGGUAAGAAUAGUCUACAAUGACAGAGAUCACUCCUGUCGUUUUUUGUCUACUUGCAGUUGUCUGGACAGAGGAUCCACGGGAGAGGUAGGAGCAAUUGGAUCCGAGAAGCUAGAGCUUUUGCAAGACAAACCGUUAAACACUUCAGAAGAUUUGUUCCAACAUCCAAAACAGUCCUGUUCAAAUCAUAAAAAUAAUCCUUCAUCAAUACGUUGGUGUGGCUGGGUUUCUCAUUUCCAUCCUUGACCCUUACCAAAAAUUCCUUCUUGUUUUUUUUUUUUCUUUCUUCCUUGUCUAGGUCUAAUCUCCUUUGGAAAUGCCAAAAUUAUUAGGGCAUCAGGAGCUGGAAGUGGUGUGAACCUGUUCAGACAUGGAGCGCUGGGACUCGCUGGGAUUUCUGAUUGUCACGCUCAACUAUAAUGUGACGAUUGUAGGAAAGAUCUGGCUAAUGUUAAUAAUUCUGCUGCGAAUGGCAGUGGUAGUGUUAGCAGGCUAUCCACUCUACCAAGAUGAGCAGGAGCGCUUCGUCUGCAACACCCUGCAACCAGGAUGCUCCAACGUUUGCUACGACUUGUUCUCUCCCGUGUCUCAUUUUAGAUUCUGGCUCAUUCAGACUGUGUCUAUCCUGCUACCUUAUGCUGCAUUCAGCAUUUAUGUUUUGCACAAAGUAGCUAUGUACAUUGUAAGAAUGCACUGUUUGGUGCAUGGAUGCAAAGGGAAUAAGGGUUUAUCAAGCCCCAAAGACCUGAAGGAGCUCUGUAGAAGUGCUGUUGUCAAUAGAUUAGAUUGUGGCGCAGACAGCCUAAGUGUCCUUAAUUUUUCUGGGGCGUAUACAGUUCAUCUUUUUUUUAGGACACUACUUGAAGCUGCUUUUGCAGCUGUGCAAUAUUUUCUUUUUGGAUUUUUUGUUCCUGAGCGCUUUUCCUGCUACCAUUCACCUUGUACAAGCACAGUUGACUGUUACAUCUCCCGGCCCACUGAGAAGUCCAUCAUGAUGAUUUUCAUCUGGGGGGUCAGCAGUCUAUCCUUUGUGCUUAGCCUUGCUGAUCUUGUCUGUGCUCUCCGGAGAAUGACAGCAAGAAACCAAAAGAACAAGCUGACGACAAACGUCCACGUAGAGAACGAGUGCAUUUUAGAUCUUCCCCCAGUACAGCAUGGCCGCUCUUCUCCACCUCAAAAUCAAGACUGUCCAGUAUCAAAUAGCAGCCAGACUAGUGAUGGCUCCUGCUCGCUUCUCUCUGAAGAUGUUGUUCUUCAUCCUGAAGUGGUCUCUCAGCAAACUGCCAGCACUAACCUUAACAGCAACAGCAAUAAGCCCUGUAUACCAGGAGAUCUUGCUAAGCAAGAUAGCACUGAAGAGCCCUCGUGUGCCAGCGACCACCAAGGAACUACAGGCAGGCAAGUGAGACCCAGGCUUCAGCAAGACUUCAUUAAAGAUACUGCCCAGACUUUGAGACCUCAGAUCAAGUCUCACCUUGGAGUUUCUUCCUCUGUAGUUCAGAGCAAGCUUUUAGGAUACUACCCUUCAGCUGAGCUAAAAACCCCUGAUGCACAAUCAAAUUAUAGCAGUACUAGUUGCUUGAGGUCAAAAAAGUCAGAAUGGGUAUAGAGCCCUGGGUGAACACUACCCUAUGACCCAGCCAGGACACACCGUUGCAUCGCUGGGGAGGUUUCAGGUAGUUUCAGCUGGAUCCCUCGGCUGAGGUUAUGCCGCAGACACACUGCUAUGCUGUGUUCCUCCAUUGAAGAAGAAGCAAAAUCCUCCGAUAAGAGUUUGAAGGAUAUUACGUUAAGGAAACUGUUCUUUGGAAAAUGCAACAUUUUUAUGGUUUUCUGAGUGUAAGUAACUUCAAAAAGCUGUGUACUGUUGCUGAUGUGACUGAGCUGAUUUUCCAGGAGUACGUGUGAACACUUGUUUACCCUAAUUUAGUUUUAUUGCAAAAGAUUGAGCUUAGGAAAGACAUGACUUUUAAACACAGUUGUACAUUGCCUACUGUCCAAAGGUUAAUUCAUCUCCUCAUACUAAAUUG